GUGUUUCUCCUUUGUUUUCCAGUUAUAUGAAAAGUACGGCGUCACCAUGAGUGGGGUAUUGAAAAGGAAGUAUGAAGAGCUGGGGGAUGACAGUACCUACUGCUCCUCCUCCUCCUGCUCCCCCCUCUCGUCUUCAGCGUCUUCAGGCUGGGAGACGGACGAGGAGAGCUCCCGCGGGGAGCCCAAGCCUAGCUCUGCCUUAACGCCCAGCUUCACCCCCACAUCUAUCCUGAAGAAAUCCAAGCGGCUAAAGAAGAACAAUGUGGAGUUUGACCGGGUCACUGUGUUUUACUUCCCACGCUGCCAGGGGUUCACAAGUGUGCCUAGUCGCGGGGGCUGUACCCUGGGGAUGGUGAGCAAACACAGCUCCUCCCGGCAGUUCACGCUAGCAGAGUUUUCAAAGGAACAGGAAAACGUUCGUCGGGUGAAACUGGAAGAGAAAUUAAAAGAGGAGAAGUUGGAGGCAUUGAAAUGGAAACUAACCAUGAAUGGCACAAAGGAGUCAGAGGAGGCCAACCAGCUCACUAUUGAAGACAUCUCUGAUGAUGACAUCGAUGUCAGCAACGUGGACCUGGAGGACGGCUUCUUUCUCCAGCCCUACCCUGCCAAGAAGAGGCGUGCACUGCUGAAAGCCAUGGGGGUGAAGAAGAUCGACAAGGAGGAGAAGCGGGAGCUGCACAACAUCCGCCUGUCCCGGGAGGACUGUGGCUGCGACUGCCGGGAGGUCUGCGACCCAGAGACCUGCAGCUGCAGCUUGGCAGGCAUUAAAUGUCAGAUGGAUCACACCUCCUUCCCCUGUGGCUGCACCAAGGAUGGCUGUGGCAACACUGAGGGCAGGAUCGAGUUCAACCAGGCCCGCGUGCAGACCCACUUCAUCCACACCAUCAUGAAGCUGGAGCUGGAGAAGCAGCAGCAGAGUAGUGAGAAGGUGGCAGAGGCCGAGCCCCCCUUUCGGGAACGGCUCCCACAGUUGGGAUGUGCAACAGGGAAGGGCUCUUUGGAGGAGCGUGCAGUGCCGCUGGCACCCGCCUUCCAGUUCAGCCCUGACCUGGAGGCCUUGGGGGAGAACAGCUGCAGCAGUGACAUGACAGACUCCUCCAUCUCCUCCCACCCCAGUGAGGACCUGGAGGAGCCCUACGAGAGCCUCCCCUCCGACAAAUCCCAGUCGGAUGUGGAUGACGAUGGCUUGGCACGCAUCCUCCACUUCAACGACUCGGAUGCCGAGGAAGAGGGUGGCCAUGGUCAUGAUGACCUGAGCUGCUUCCACCCCACCGAUUUCUUCAUCGAGGACCAUGGUGAUGAGCCUAAGCCUGUCCCUGGCCACUUAUCCCACCUCUCCGAGUGCCUGGAUGAGAACGCUAACCAGGACAGUGGCAGUCUGCUGGAGGAUGCUGCUCAUGCACGGUGCGAUGGACUGUCCUGCUGCACCUCAUCCCCAGCUGAGCCCUGUUCCAGGAGCUACGCUGACCUCAGCCUUUCCUCAGACUCCUUGGAUUUCUUCCAGUCCUUCUCAGACUAUAAUUUGGGACCCCUUUACAACUCCUUGAAGGAGUACGAGAACCUCGAUAACUUCUCAGCGUUACAGUUUCAGUUGCCUAAUUUUCCAGGUUUCCCACAAGCUGGAGACCAGGGCUCCUGUUUCUUGGAGUCCCUUAUUGGUUUGUCCGAAUCUGUCCCUGAAACCCCAGCCCCUUUCACAGACAAUCAACUUUUGGAGGAUGCCAUCAAGUCAUCGCUGAUGGAGACGGUGAAAGUGUGAAAUGCUUGAGCAGCAAGGAACAGCCUGAAGGAAAACCGAAGUGGGCAAACUUGCACCAAAAGGAUGAUGCGUUACUCAAAAAUAAGGAGAAAAAAAUCAAACAGAAAAGGACUUUCUAAGCAAACAAACUAUUUUUGGUCUUUGUAGAACGUGGACGUUUUGACAUACUGCAGCUACAAUCAGUUCUCUCACUGUUUGUGCAAAAAUUUCUAAACUUUCAUGAUGGGGUGGGGAGGGAGGGAAAAAGACUUUCACGUAUGAGUUUCCUUGUGUUUUGUAUGAAAAGACCUGUAGAGAAAUACUCCUCGCUAACAUUGCCAGUCGUACACACAGCCCCUUCUAGAAAUGUUUCAGUGUUGCAGGAACUUUUUAAGGCAACUUUUUGAAGCUGUAUUUAUUGUGAAAAUUUGUGGUUUGCGUAAGAGUUAGCCCAGCAGGCUCUUGCGUUUAACUCGGACAAGGUUUACAGAAGAGAUCCAUACACUAUAUACAUAAUCAUUCUUCAUCUAUUUAUUGCAAAUUCCAGAAUUUAACUAGGCACCGAAGCUUGAACUAGCAUGGAACCUUAUUUAAAUUGGUAAUACCUCAGAUGUAUUAUGUGUACAAUCAUAUUUUUUUUUGCAUAAUAUAUCUGUAUUUAUUUAUUUUCUACCUGUA